AUGGAACACUUGGAGAUAUGGUGUAAAGAAGUAGAAUCAGUGCGAGGAAUGCUUAACGUGAUCGCUUCAAAUCCCUGCAUGGAUACUACUGAUGAUAAAGAUCUUGAAAGUGAAAUAAAACGAUUAACAAUACAAACUGAACAACAUUAUCUUGAUUUAUCAACAAAGAAAGCUAAACUAUUAGAUGAAGUAAAACAAGAGAACCAAUUGCUUCUGUCUAUAUCUGCUUGUUCUACUUGGAUUGGUCAGUUAAGAGAGGAACUGAUGAAGCUCGGUAUACCAAAUCACCUGAAUGUUGAUGUAGCUGAAGUGAAAUGGAAAGAGUUUAAGGAAUGGGAGUUAACAUUUCAAAAUGAAAGUCAUAAACGAUUAAGCAGUCUGAUAAAACAAUUACCCAAUUCAAUAUUUCAAUCUAUUUUCAAACAAGAUAAAGCUUCAUUGACAAGCAUGGAAGAUUUUGUUUCAGACGAAAGAAACUUUAAUGACUACAUCAUCGACAUUAAUGACAAAAAAUCAACAUCGUCAUCAUCAUCAUCGCUAACAACGAAAAGAAUUAAAUCACGUCUUGAGUUGAGCAUUUUACGUAUGCUAAGACAAUAUGCUGGUUGCCGACGUCAAUGUUCAAUCUUUAACAAAUUAUGGAUCAAGCAUAUAAACUAUGUAAAGCAUCAUGCGUACAGUUUGAACAAGAUACACUUAGUAUUUGAAGGAAUUCAAGCAGAAUUGUCCAAGUUGUACAGACCAUCGAAAUUGGUUAGCUGUUGUACAGCACAAUUGAAUAGUGUAAAGAAUGUUAUUGAUCAACUGAAAGAAUAUGAGGUGUUAGUAGUCAGUCUGUAUGAUUCACUACCUCUGCUGAAAUCGGUAUGUAGUUCCAAUGAAGUAUCACGAGCAGUUGCAACUAUCAAAGAUACUAAACACAAUUUUGUCUGUUUAUUACGUCGAGCAACAGAACGGCAAAAGAUUCUAACACAAGCAUUAAAGGAAGAUACUAAGUUUGAUACAGCUUACCAUAGUUUAAUGGAGUGGUUCCUAACUAACGUUGAAGUGCUGAAAUCUUACAAUGCGCAUACUGUAUAUGAUGAAAAGAUUCAAGCGUCAAUUAAGACUUUGCUAAAAGAGUUUAAUCAACGACAAUCUGAUUAUUGGUUAGUUAUGCGAAUGGGUGGAAAUCUGAGAGAACGUUGUACAAUUUCAGAUCCAGAAAAGAAUAUACUCACUGAUAUGCUUGAUAAAUUAACAACACUGAAAUGUGAAUUUGCAUCACUACUGUCAACUUGUCAAAUCGAAAUGGAGAAAUCAUCGUUAACUGUUCGAAAUAAGAAGUCGACAAUUUCAUGUCUAAAAGAAUGGUUACAUUCUGUAGAAGAACAGCUUGGUAUUGAGAAUAUUCACAGUGGACUAAAAUCUACCAAAACUUCAUCGGAAAUGCUGAUACAACCAUUUUCCAAUAGCACUGAGUCAUCGAAUGAGGAAUGUAACAAACAAUCGUUGAAAUCGUUAUAUUCAAGUUUCAGUCAUCAACAGUAUGUGAGCAUUGUUUCGGUUGCCGGUGAUAUAGCUUUCGUUCAAUCUGUGGAUUCAAGUCAUUCGAUAUUGGGUGAACAGUUAUGCCAGCAUGAAAAGUUAUAUCAAGAAAUGAUUUCAAACGAUGCCAACACCAGUGAAUCAGCUGAUCUAAUGGAUCGUUUAAUUCGAAUAAGGAAAGCUUACAAUUUAAGAUGUAGAAGUCUUCAGAUGGCAAGGAUAUCGCCAGUGAUUUGA